AUGUCAACUUCCUUGUCACCCGGAUCUCAAAAGCCUCUCUUGAUUGGCGUCAUUUUGAUAGUAGGUUUUUGUACAAUUUUCUUUGUGUACUACAAACCAAAGCUAAGUUGGCUGCCCUGUCAUGGUUCUUCUGAAAAUCCCAAGAUUAAAACAUGCACUGAUAUAUGCCUUGGUGCUUUAGACAUAGCAAACAACACCAAACCCGUUGAUGAUACAGUCUUCUUGGUUUGGAUGUAUCCAUUUGGCCACAAACACAGUUUGACGUCCUGCCACUCUUUGUUCCAUAUUGAAGGGUGCCAUUUAACAGAUGACAAAAAUCUAUACAACAAUGCCAGCGGUGUAAUAUUUCAUCAUAGAGACAUCAAUUACGGCCUUCAGAACAUGCCAAAAAAGCCACGACCACCACACCAGAGAUGGGUCUGGAUGAAUGCUGAGUCACCAAGUAACUCCGGAAAGAUAGCAGCUCUCAAUAACCUGUUUAAUUUGACUGCAAAUUAUAGACAGGAUGCAGACGUUGUGGUACCUUAUGGAAAGCUUGUAAAAGCAACGUCAGACAGUGACUUUGAAAUACCUAAGAAGAAUAAACUAGUGUGCUGGGUUGUGAGCAACUGGCACCCAAACUAUGCACGAGUGAAGUACUUCAAUGAACUGAGUAAGUACAUCAAAGUUGAAGCCUAUGGACGACAUUUUGGGAGGUACAUAGACCAUAAUGACUAUUCAUCUUUAAUGUCAAGCUGUAAAUUUUACUUGUCAUUUGAGAAUUCAAUCCACAAAGACUAUAUAACAGAAAAGCUAUACAAUGCACUGAGGCUAGGCAGUGUACCGGUUGUGCUUGGUCCACCCCGAGAAAACUAUGAACAGCACAUACCAGGGGAGGCUUUUAUUCAUGUAAAUGACUUUCCCUCAGCUAAAGAACUGGCCGAACGACUCCAGUUCCUAGACAAGAAUGAGGAACAAUACAGGCAGUAUUUUACGUGGCAUAAACAUUUUGAUGUUAAGCUUUCCCUCUUUGGACUUGAACACGCUUGCCGUGCUUGUGAUUAUGUCAGGAGGAACCAAGGCUAUAAAGUGUUUACUAAUCUUAAUACAUGGUAUUGGGGUUAG